UGGCAUAGUGGAUAAAUCACCACCCUUUGCCUCGUUCUCUCGCACUCUCACUGGAAGAUAAUGGCAGCGUCUGUGAGAACGCCACCGCCCCCCUCCCUCUCCUUCUUCUCCUCCUCAAUUUUCCAAAUUCCUAAACUAGCAUCUUUCUCGAAACCCAAUUCCUUCAACUCCCAAUUUAAGUCUCUCUCCAUCUCCUGCCAAGUGGCGACCCUCCCAAUCCUAUCCUUCACCGGCGAAAAAAUUGGAGAAACAUACUUAGACAUCAAGUCUGCCCUUCCGGAGACCGCACGCGCCGUCGUUCAUCGCGCUAUUAUCACUGACCAGCAGAACAAACGACGUGGCACUGCCUCAACCCUCACCCGGGGGGAGGUUAGAGGAGGUGGCAAGAAACCUUAUCCCCAAAAGAAAACAGGUCGUGCCCGCCGUGGUUCAACUCGCUCCCCUCUCCGCCCUGGCGGAGGUGUCAUUUUUGGUCCUAAGCCUAGAGAUUGGUCCAUAAAAAUUAACAAGAAGGAGAAACGAUUGGCGAUUUCCACAGCAUUGUCUAGCGCGACUGAGAGUAUGGUUUGUGUGGAGGAAUUUAAUGAGAGAUUUGAGAAGCCGAAGACGAAAGAGUUCAUUGCAGCUAUGAAGCGGUGGGGGUUGGACCCGAAAGAUAAAGUUAUGUUUUUGAUGAUGGAUGUGAGUGAUAAUGUGGGGCUAUCGAGCAGGAACAUUGGGACUUUGAGCAUGUUGACGCCUAGGACUUUAAAUUUGUUCGAUAUUUUGAAUUCGGAUAAAUUGGUGCUAACACCGGAUGCUGUAGAUUACUUGAAUGGAAGGUAUGGGGUGGAUGUUGAGAUAAGCGAGGAUGAUGAUGAGGAAGAGGGAGAUUUCGAGCAAGAAGGUCAGGAUGGUGGUGAAGGAACGGAAGCUGAUGAGAGUCCCGCUGUAACAGAAUGAUGAUACAGAAUUCUUAGGCACCCUGACUUAGGAUCUGUGCCAAUCCAUAUAAAACUUGGAGAGGAACUAUGUUGUGCCUAAGAAAAACAGUUCUUCUAUUUGAUGUCUGCAGUUGAAACAUAUUGCAUGGUAGUUUUUGGUAUAUUCUCCAUGUGUUGUUUGUUGCAUUAAUUUUCAUUCUUUUUUGUUGAAAGUGUAUCCAUUUAGAUUAUUGACCUAAUCACACUUAUGGAGUAUUGCUUCCUGAUCCCAAUAUUGUUUUUCUCCUU